ACGGCACGGGCGGCGCGCGCCAUGGGGGCCAGCCUGCGACUCCUCUGCGCCGCGGCGGUGCUGCUCUGCGCGGCGCCCCCGGGGCAGCUCCGCGGCCGGGGCGUGGCGGCCGCCGCGUUCCCCGCGGGCGAGGGGGACGGGUACGGGGUGAAGCUGUGCGGCAGGGAGUUCAUCCGCGCCGUCAUCUUCACCUGCGGCGGGUCCCGCUGGAAGCGGCUCUCCCUGCUGGCCAUGGAGCCGGCGCCCGCGGCCGAGUCUACACAAACAGCAAGUAACAAACUACUGGGAAACUUAAAGCUGCAAUCAAUUUUGGGUCCUGAAGUGGAGCAGUUGCAGAGAAGCAGCCUGCUUCUUGGAUGGGAGAUGUUUAAGGACUUGUAUAGUUUAAAUUACUAUAAUGAAUAUGUACCUGCGGCAGAUGACUUCAAAGAACUUGUUCACCAGCUGGAGGAAGCUGUUCAGAAGGACAGGGGAGGAACAGGAAUUGCAAACCCCAUGGGGUCAAACAGUUAUCUUUGGGCUACGUAUCCCAGAAGAAAACGAGAAUCUCUGGGUUUGGCAGGAAUGUGUUGCAAAUGGGGCUGUACAAAAGCUGAAAUUAGUACUAUAUGCAGAGUUUAAAAUCCUGUCUGCACUUAUGCAUGAAAUCAAUGUUUGUUGCAGUGCUACUUGAUUGAAUACUGUACCAAGGAAGAAAACUCUCUCUGUAUUUUGUCUGUAUGUGCCAGUCAGUAGUGCUGGUUUUAUUUAAA